AGAGAUUUUUUUAUACAUUUUUUCAUUCAAAAUACAUAUACCUUAUUUUAUAAGACAAACAAUUAUCUGCGUAUUAAAUAACUUUACAACAAUUUUAAUAAAUCUGUUUUAAUUAAUAUCAGUUAAGAAAUAUAUUUUAACUUCAAUUAAGCCGUUCACGAAGGUUGAGAAUUCAAUAAUCUGUCAUUAAAAAUUUUUUAAAAAUUGAAAUUUAAUUAAACUCAAGAUAACAAUAUAAAGAAAUUCAUAGUGAAAAUUUAAUUGUUAAAGUAAUGUCUUCAUCCACCACUUUACCUGAAAGUAUUAAACAAGUUAUAAUCCAUACUGGGAAUAUACUAUCCUUAAAUGGAAUUAUUGGAAAACCAAGUCAAAAUGCAUCUGAAGAGUUAGUUGAAAGUAUUAAAAUUACAUUAAACGAUGGAAAUAAUUUGGAAAAUUCUUUAGAAAAAUUUGUUGAAGUCAUGCGUAAAAAUGAUGAUUUGUUACAAAAAAUGUCUGGCGUUGAUCGCAAAGAUUUGAAAAUUGGUGCAAAAUUAUUUUUAAAUAACGAGAAUGCCGAUGCUGUGAAUCAAGCUUUAUUAAAUAUUUUCCAAGCAUUAAAAACUGAAACUAUAGACAAUUUAAUAGUUUCAUACAACGAUAUCAAAACUGAUAAUGAAGAAUCAUCUUCUUCGUUUGUAUUAAACAAAAUAAAAUCAAUAUGGAACAUUCUAGAAAAUUAUACCAAAGAAAAUGCAACAAAUCGUAUUAUACAUCUAGGUGUAGCUGAUUUGGAUGAAGAGCAAUUCCGUGAUUUAUAUGCUUGGGCCACAGUUAAACCAAAUAUUAUACAAAUAAAUUUAGCCAGUUGCUGUGUGGUACCGCCAACUUUACAAGAAUUUUGCAAUCAAAAUAGUAUACAGUUACUUACGCACAGCGAUCCAACAGAAAUUUUACCAGUUUCUUCAAUUCAAAAUUUAUUUGGCGAUAAGAAUGCGUUAAAAUUAUUUUGGGCUAUCAGAUUUCAAAUACAUAUUAAAUGCAGGGGUGUUUUAACCAGUAAAGGGUAUAUAGUGAAUUUAUGUGAUAAUAUUUUAGAAGAGUAAAUAUUAAAUAGCAAUAUAAUAUAUUAUUAUAA